GGUCCGCCUGUGAAAGUGUUCCCCUUAUAGCUGCAGGUAACCGAGCUCCUCAAGCUCCUCUCUAUUCCAGCAUUCAGGAUUAAAAUCCUGCAUUUUAAUAUUAUUAUAUUCAGAUCUGCAGCUGCGCGGCUUCACUGCGCGAGAAGAGGCGAUAAAUCUCUAUAAAAAGCCCUAAAAUUAAUAUUAUAUACAGCAGAAAUCACUGCUGAUACAGAGCAGCUGCAGCACUGCCUCUAUACACAGCCUCUACUGAUCUGAUCUGAUCUUUAAUUCAUCAAUAAUCGAAUACAGACCGGACGGACAGUAGCAGCUGGAGAUCAAAGAGUGAUCAGACGGACAUAAAAAGGGAUAUCUGAAGAUUAAAGAGGGAUCAGAUGGUCAUCAGCAGCUGGAGAUCAAAGAGAGAUCAGACAGACAUCAAAGAGGGAUCACACGGACAGCAGCAGCUGGACAUCAACGAGACAUCAGAGGGACAUCAGCAGUUGGAGACCAAGAGAGAUCAGACGGACAUACAGACAUUAGACAGCUUUAGAUCAAAGAGAGAUCAGACUGCAGCUGGACAUCAAAGAGAGAUCAGACGGACAUUAGCAGCUGGAGAGCAAAAAGUGAUCAGACAGAGAUUAGACGGACAUCAAAGAGACAUCAGACAGACAUCAGCAGUUGGAGACCAAGAGAGAUCAGACGGACAUAUAGACAUUAGACAGAGGGCAGCUUGAGAUCAAAAAGAGAUCAGACUGCAGCUGGAUAUCUGGAGAUCAGAAAUCAGAUAAAGAUCAGCUGGAGAUCAGACAGAUGUUAGACUGAGAUCAGACAGAGAGCAGCUGGAGAUCAAAGAGAGAUCAAACAGAGAUUAGACUAAGAUCAGACGGAGAUCAUCUGGAAAUCAGACAGAGAGCAGAGAUAUUAAACAGAGAUUAGACGGAGAUCAGACGGAGAUCAGACUGUGAUCAGACUGAGAUCAGACGGAGAUAAGACUAAGAUCAGACUGAGAUCAGACGGAGAUAUUAAACUGAGAUCAGACUGUGAUCAGACAGAGAUCAGCCGGAGAUAAGACUAAGAUCAGACGGAGAUAUUAAACUGAGAUCAGACUGUGAUCAGACAGAGAUCAGCCGGAGAUAAGACUAAGAUCAGACGGAGAUAUUAAACAGAGAUCAGACUGAGAUCAGACUGAGAUCAGACAGAGAUCAGCCGGAGAUAAGACUAAGAUCAGACAGAGAUCAGAAGGAGAUAUUAAACAGAGAUUAGACGGAGAUCAGACGGAGAUCAGAAGGAGAUGGUGUGUGGUGAUGGAUAGGGAGAUGUUCCACAGCUGCUGCAGUCUGGUGAAGAUUCCCCGGAGCUCCAGGCAGCAGCAGCCGGGCUCCUCCCCUCACUUCGUGGAUUAUAUGGAGCGAGCCGCCGCCUACAGCCGCUUCCUACGGAACUUCCUGCUGCCCAACCAGCCCUGCAUGUUCUCCAGCAGAUUCACCCAGGACUGGAGCUGCAGGAGGAACUGGGUCACCGAGGAGGGAAAACCCAACUUCCAGAAGCUCCUGCAGGAGUUCGAGGACACGCCGGUUCCUGUGGCCAACUGCAGCGCCAAGGAGUACAACGCCAACCCCAAGCAGAUCAUGCCCUUCAGAGAGUUCAUCCAGUACUGGAGAGAGUACAUCCAGAACGGCCACUCCUCCCCCAGAGGCUGCCUCUACCUGAAGGACUGGCACAUGCAGAGGAUGUUUCCAGAACACAACACCUACAAGACUCCAAUCUACUUCUCCUCAGACUGGCUUAACGAGUACUGGGACACUAUAGAGGUGGACGACUAUCGCUUCGUCUACAUGGGGCCUAAAGGAUCCUGGACGCCGUUCCACGCCGACGUGUUCCGGUCCUACAGCUGGUCCGCCAACAUCUGCGGGCGAAAGAAGUGGCUGCUGUACCCGCCGGGGCAGGAGGAGUUCCUGCGGGACUGCCACGGGAACCUGGCGUACGACGUGACUGCGGCGGCGCUGCAGGAUAAAGGACAGUUCCCGCACUUCCAGGAGGCGUGCCAACCCCUGGAGAUCAUCCAGGAGGCUGGAGAGAUCAUCUUUGUCCCCAGCGGGUGGCAUCAUCAGGUCUACAACCUGGAGGAUACGAUCUCCAUCAAUCAUAACUGGCUGAACGGGUGUAAUCUGGACGUGAUGUGGCAGUUCCUGCAGGAGGAGCUCUCGUCCGUACAGAAGGAGAUCGAGGAGUGGAGGGACACUAUGGACACCUGGCACCAGCACUGCCAGGUAAUAAUGAAAUCCUGCACGGGGAUUGAUUAUGCAGAGUUCGCCUCCUUCCUGAAAACCAUCGCCAACAACCGGAUCUCCUUCCUGAGCUCCUGCCCGGGCGGCGGGGGCGGGGUGUCCGGGGUCCUGACGGAGACGCUGAGCGCGCUGGGUCCUCACCACGCCGCCUUCGACCUGCAGAGGAUCAGCCACAUCCUGGAGAGCAUGCUCACCAACGAGGACUUCAAAAGACUCGAAACCUCAGCCCUCACCUUCAAACCUGAGGAGCUGCUGCAGGAGAUCAGAGACGCCGUCCACACCAUCGUCUGAUCAGCACACCUCAACACCUACACAAACACCUGAACACCUACACAAACACCUGAACUACUCAAAAAACACCUCAACACCUACACAAACACCUGAACUACUCAAAAAACACCUCAACACCUACACAAACAUCUGAACUACUCAAAAAACACCUCAACACCUUUACAAACACCUCAACACCUUCACAAACACCUCAACACCCUCACAAACACCUCAACACCUUCACAAACACCU